CUCUUCCCUUGCAUCAUCACUCCGCUCGUCACCCACACCCACACCUCAACUCUUUCAUCUGCCUCCAUCGUCAUCCGAAUCGGACCUGGGAACAUGCGCACGCCCUCUUUCUCACGCCUUUGGGAUUUCUUGGAUACCCCUCGUACCAAUUCGAGGUAGACGGUUGUUCUCUUAUUGCAGGGAACGGCGUCCGGGAUGGCGACCGAUAAGGCUGGGGAGAUGGGCGAGAUGGGGGUCAGUCUGGCGCAGAAGAUGUUGUCGGCGGUGACCGGGAGCGUGUUGACGUCUCUUCUGGUAACUCCCCUCGAUGUAGUCCGCGUCCGCCUCCAAUCCCAGGCACAUACACCCACAGCGUCGUCAACUCCGUCGCUUCGCACUUACACUGGGAUUCCCCUCACCCAAUUCCGUGACCUCCCCCCCAACCUUGGAAUUUCCGCUUGCUGUAGAGAAGUCUUCUGGAUCAACAACAAUGCACAAUACUGCGUUGCAGGACCUACUAUCGCUCCUAUACAUCCCUCAGAUGCCGCCUGUGUAGUCGAAGAGGCGGAACGACGGACGAUCAAUAGCACUUGGGAUGGACUACGGAAGAUUGCCCAGAAUGAAGGUCCGAGAACGCUAUGGAGGGGACUGUCGCCGACGCUGGUUAUGGCCGUGCCAGCUAAUGUAAUUUAUUUUGCGGGCUACGACUGGUUAAGGACCGCUCAGAGGUCGCCGUUUCGAAAGACAGUACCGGAUGCUUAUACUCCGUUGGUAGCAGGCGCGACUGCAAGGGUGCUAGCAGCCAUUGCCGUGAGCCCAAUCGAGAUGUUUAGGACUAGAAUGCAGGCCGCCCAUCAUACCAACACCGCUGCUGGGCACUUCCGCGAGACCAUGGAUGGACUGCGGGAGAUGGUUGCUUCCCAAGGCGUUCGAAGUUUAUGGAGGGGUCUGACCUUGACACUGUGGCGGGAUGUACCGUUCUCUGCUAUAUACUGGUGGGGAUACGAGAGCGCCCGAAAUACCAUUACAGACAUGCGCGGACGAUCAGAGGCAAAACACGAUGGUUUGGAAUUCCACAUUGGCCGUGGCGAAGACAAGAUUCGGCGACGUAGCCGCUCAAGGAGCAGGGAGAACCACACAGCGACACUUGUCGACAGCUUCAUUGCCGGAGCUGCUUCAGGAGCCGUGGCCGCAUUAGUCACAACUCCCUUCGAUGUUGGCAAGACAAGACAGCAAGUUGUGAGGCACAUGGGCGAUGCCGCCGUCAAAGCCAUUCGAGCGGAAGAUAAAUCCAUGCCGCGAUUCUUGUUGCACAUCUUCCAAGAGCAAGGACUUCCAGGGCUAUUCAAAGGAUGGGCAGCAAGGUGUCUGAAAGUCGCCCCGGCUUGCGCUAUCAUGAUCAGCAGCUACGAAGUUGGGAAGAAGAUGGCAAACGACAUCAACGAACGACGCGAUCGACGGCAUCAUGAUGGAUAGCCUUGCAGUUGAAAGCUAAAGCCAAAGCCAAAGCCAACCUCAACUCUAGAAGUGUGCUCGACUACUACUGGUGCACACCACCCACAGUACAUAUUUCCAAACCGAACCUUAACGGCCGCACUGCAUACCUUGUAAAUUCUGCAUGAAUCAGCUCAUCUUUUGAGGACGGAGUUUUUGGGACAAGAUUCUACUCCUAUUUGCAUGACAGGCUUGGAAUGGUGUUUUGGAGGAAACGAGCGACACUCCGGUCGUUGAAUAUAUUGCAAAAGCGUGUAAUGAUAUCCAAGCGCGGUUGCGCAUGUAAUAUAGAAAUUGCAUCGUCAUGAAUCAGCUACUGUUAAUUCAUUCCGCCAUGCAGCUG